AUGCGUGUCUCUGCUCUGAUCGCCUUCUCUGCAAGCUGCCUUGGCAUCACGGCCAGCGCUAGCCCUUCUUUCAAACUAUUUUCACCCAAGCCUAACUGCCCCCCUCAAAGCGCGAAUCCGUGGCAGCAGCGCGCCAUCUUAGCAGACUUUGUGGAAGCCUUCUUCGUAGAGCAAAACGCUACAAAGGCCAUACUCAAUCACAUCGCGGAAGACUACAUCCAGCACAAUCCUGGAGCACUGUCGGGCCGCCAAAACGCACUAGACGCUCUUGUGCCGUUCCUGUCUUUGCCCGGCGUCAACCUGACCGUCCUGCGACAGGGCUUCGAAAACAACUUGGCAUUCAUCCAUUCUCGCUUGGACAUCGAUGGCGUUGCGCAGCCAACUGCGAUUGUCGACAUUUUUAGGUUCAAUGGAACCUGCAUCGUCGAGCAUUGGGACGUCGUCCAGGCCAGAGACCCCAACUCUAUCAACCCGUUGGCUCUGUUCUAGUUUAACGCAUCCUUACUGGAUUACUGAUGAAUUUUUCACAAAUUUGUCUGCGUGGGAAACUUGUGGGAGUCCAAUCAUCUAGUGUGGGGAUAAAGCUGUACACAUUCAGUAUGUCCAAUUCAAUGCACAAACUUCAACUUCGAA